AUGAAUGAUAAAAGUAUUGACAAAAACUUUGUGACAAAAACAACUUUAAUUAAUAAAAAUAAUAUUGAAUUCAAUACACAAUCAGCCAAUGAGUAUUAUCACACUAGUAGUAGUAGUAGUGAUUAUAGUAAUUGCAAUACUAGUAACACUAUUAUUAGCAGUGAUUACAAUAGUAAUAGUAAUAAUAAUAAUAGAGACAAAAAUAGAAAUAUUGAAACACUAUUAAGUGAUUCGCCAUUACAUCGACUCAUACCAUAUGCGAGAAUGAAUUCAAAAGAUAAAAAGUUAUUAAUUGAUAAUAAUUUGUUAGUAAUUAACGGAAAGUUUAGUAAAUAUGAAUUGGAAAUAUUGACAAAAAAUUGGCAAAAAUUUUGUGAUGACUAUGAAUGCGAUGAAGACAUGAAAACACGUUUAUUAGGAUUUUUUGCUUUCAGCGAUAGGUAUAGCAAACCGGAAAGAAAAACGUUUCGCUAUUUUAUGAGAAGCUCACAGUUUUUGUUACGACUGGCCAAUGGUUUGCCUAAUCGUUCAAUACAUGAAAUCUAUUAUACAGCCCGACGUAAGUUCAAUACAUUGAAACGGAUUAGUCAGUUGUCAGAUGCCGACAAAAUUGAUGUCAAUCGGUUGCCAUUAGUUUAUGGGAGAAAAUGGGCUAAAAUUGCCGAAAAAUAUCAAUGUAAUCCUUCAUCGUUGUCCACAUAUUAUAUAACAUAUUACGAUUCAAAUGGCGAACCGUAUUAUAGGGGAAAGUGGACACCGGAUGAAGACCGGCGACUAUUGGCUGCAAUGAGACGAGUGCUGAAUACCGAUGAUCUCAGACAACAUAUAUUCACCAAAAAUAUUCCGUACAAACAGAUCAGGGAUUUGGCAGAAAUCAAUAGGAGUGAGAUUAUUGUCGCUAAUCGAUGGUAUACUAACUUGCGUUGGUUUAUAGCACAAUGGGAUCAAUUGGAGGACCAGUGGACACACAAAGAUAGCGCACGACUUGUUUAUUGUUUGUUUAGAUAUAACUUUACCGACGAGUCGGACAUCGAUUGGGAUGUAAUUAAGGAAAAGUUUGCAAACAUUUCGUCUUUCAACGCAUUGAUGAGAAACUGGCGUUUAAUUAAACAAACGGUUCCCACAUUUGAGUCGAAAUCUUAUAAACAAAUCAUUGAUUUUCUUUACGAUAAUCUUUUGCCACAAUAUCUCAAUCCAGACGACGACGGCUUAAAAGAGUUUGAAAUAUUUUUUGAUAAUUAA